GCCGGGCCGUAAGGGGCUGCUGAAGCUGAGCGGGCGAGCUCCGGAGCUGCCGUGGGUCCCCAUGAGUUCACCGAGCCAGCCCGCCGAGGACAAGCUAGAGGCAGUGAUCCAGAAAUUGGAAGAGACCAUCCUGAAUCCAGAGGUGCCUGAAGAGGAUAAAGGUCUGACGAUCUGUGGAGAGGGGCAGGACUCUGCUCCAACUCCCGUCUCUGCUCGAAUCCGAGAGAUAGUUACUAAGAAUCUAACCGAGGAAAGCAUGGAAGUUGGCAGGAGUUCAAUGGCCGGUCUUCAGAGAGAGAAUUGUAUGCUGCAGGAGGAACUGUCUCGUAUGGAAGACUUAUUAGCGCAGAGCCAUGCUGAGCGCGAUGAGCUGGCCAUCAAGUUUUGUGCGGUCAACGAGCGGUUGGAGAAAUCCCUCAAGUUGGAAGUGUCUGAGAGGGAGCAAGAGGUGGCUGAGUCAAAGGCUGUAUCAGAUCUUCGUCGCCAGUUUGAGGAUGAAGAGAGAGUAUACAGGAGAAAGCUCCAGGCCUAUCAGGAUGGACAGCAGCGUCAAGCUCAACUUGUACAGAAGCUUCAGGCCAAGGUUCUGCAGUAUAAGAAGCGGUGUGGUGAGUUGGAACAGGAGAUCCUUGAGAAAACCUCUGAGUCGGAACAGCAGAAAGUGUCAUUACAGAGCCGCUUGGACACAACAGAAUCCCACUUGAGGAGAACGGAAUAUGAGCAUGACACUGAGCUGGAGACUACCCUCAUUCGCCUGGAGGAAGAGCAGCAAAGAAGCAGCAGCUUAACCCAGGUCAAUUCCAUGUUGCGGGAACAACUGGAACAGGCCAAUGUGGCCAAUCAAAGACUCAGCGAGGAUAUCCGCAAAAUCACAGUGGAUUUCGGCAAGGCUAGGAAUGAACUGGAGCACAGAGAAAUGAGGCAGCGGUGGGAGCAAGAGAUCCAUGGCCCCUGUCUAAGUGGUGCUCAUGGCAAGCUGCUGGCAUUGUGGAGGCAGAUUGCUGGGGUACGCAGUGACCUUACAGAUCUGAAGAAUGGGACACAGCAAAAUCUCAUGGAGGUAAAGACUGAUGUUUCCCGGACAACACGACGCCUGCAGACUGCUUGCCUGAACCUGGACUCCAACUUGCGCCUGUCUCAGGGGAGCACAACGUCUACACUGGAGAAGUACACGAUGCAAAGUGGUCGACUCGAGCAGCAGCUCCGUGACAAGGUCAAAGAGAUGAUUCAAUUGCAGAGCAAGUGUGAUGUGGACAAAGCAGAGCUUCAUGCAAGGAUUAGUGAUUUAUCAGUUGCCUUGGAGAGACUCAAGAUGCAGAAUGCUGAGAAGGAGCGAACUAUUACCUCGCUCAACCGUAACCUGGAGAAGUUGGAAUCGGGUAGAACUGAAGUUACAAGUGAAACCCAGGAGAACGAAGCCCUGAGGAACGAGAUAGAAUCCUUACACCAAACCUUACACAACAUCGCCCAGGUUGCCAUUAUAGAUGCAGAGACAUCGAGCUCUCUGUCCAGAGAAGGAGCAACUGAAGGGACUGAGGCUGACUCUGGCAGACUGGGAUCGCCCUUCAUGCCGGACUCCCCCGUGCUCCUCACAUCUUCUCCCCGGAGGCGCAGGUCCCCCCCGCGUUCCCGGUCCCCGCUGCGCAGCAUGUCCCCACCCGGUGGAGAUCGCACCUUGUCCGCUGUCCAGUCGGCACUGCAACGACGCCACCUGCAGGUGCAGGAGCUUCGUGGAAGAAUGGAAGCUAUUCAGGAUGUAAGCAGCUCCGUGAAGAAACAACUGGGAGACAGCGAGAGUGAACGGAGGCAGUUGGAGCAGAAACUAGUGAAGCUGAAGGGUGAGGCUGAAGAGUCGAACCGAGCCAAAGAAGAUGCCAAGAGGGACACAGGACGCUACCGAUCCUCCCUGGAAAUCCUUGCAAGUGAAAAGGCAAACUUGGAGAAAGUGGUUCAUUCUUUGAGCCAACAGAUCGAUAACUUGCAGCUGGACAUGGAGCGCCUGAAAGCUGUGAACGAUGAUCUGCAGCGACAACGUGAUCACGUCGAGGACAAGAGGGAAGAGAUGCAGAAGGACAAUGAACAAGCCAAGAAAGAGCUUCUGAGAAGGCAGAAGUCAUUGGAGCUUAUGGAGGUGAAGAACUCGACUCUGAGGAAAGAGUUGGUGACGAUUAAGGAAACUCUGAACAAAGCUACGCUGGAGAAGGAGGUGUUACAGAAUGAGAAGGGAGGAUUGGUUGAGGCUCUCGCCAAGGCUGAGCUGACGAGCGCAGACUUUGAGUUGUCGUUAAAUAAGCUGAAGACGGAGAAAGACGCCCUGCGCGACUCCCUUGCCAAGAUGAGUGCACUCAGUGAAGGAUUGGCUCAGGAUAAGGUUGAAUUGAAUCGUAUCCUCCUCCGGAUGGAAGCUGAUAGAUCAGUUCUACAAGGACAGAAGAAAGAGAUUGAGAAAGCAAAAGCUAAUAUCCACGAUGUGUUGGUCCGUGUGGAACAGGAGAAAAUGAACCUGGACACCGAGAAACAUGGAUUAGACCAAUCCCUGCAGAUUGUGGAAGCAACCCGUGAACAGCUAGAACACGAUAUAUUGAUUCUCCAAAGAGAGAGGGAUCUGCUUCAAGAUCAAAUUGGACAGGUGAAUCGGCAGAAGCAGUCCCUGAGUGAGCAGCUAGCUCAGGUGCAGCGGGACGGUGAACUCCAGAGUGCUGGACUCCUUCGGGCCAGCAAGGAGAAAGAAGAAAUAAUGAAGGAAAAGGCCGGCCUGGUGGUGCAGCUGACAGCUGCUGAGAGGGAGAGCAGAGCACUGUCUGAAGAGAUAGCUGUCCUUAGGGCAGACAAGGAAGCACUAGAGACCAACCUGUUUGUAGCUCAGCAGCUUGUUGUACAGCUUGAGUCCCACAAGGAGCAGCUCGAGGGAGAAAAUCAAACCAUUCUGCUUGCGAAGGAGUCUCUUAUAGCUGAGCUUGAUCUUGUCCGUAAAGACAUGGACUUGCAGCUAAUCAACGUUGAGCGAGACAAGGACUUCCUACAGCAAAAACUGGGUCAAGUGGAGCAGGAGAUCCAGAUCUCACUGAAAAAUGAGCAGCUGCUUCAUGAAGAGGAUGUUGAACGACUUCAGAAAGAGAAGGAUCGGCUGCGCCUUGAGCUGACAGCAGAGAAGGAUGAAGUCAUUCAGCACCUUCAACAGGAACGUGAAGACCAAGUCAAUCGCCUUGAGGAGGAAAAAGAGGAGCUGAAUGAAGACAUUCUUGCUUUACAUAAAGAGAGGGAUGAGAGUCUGAUUCAAGCAGAGAGCAAGAAACAGCAGGAAUUGUAUUUUAAAGAGUCAGAGAAAAAUAUCUUGUCAGAAAAACUCAGCCACACUCAACAUGAGCUCAGUAAUUCAAACAUGGAGAUCGAUCGAUUGAAACGUGAGCUGCACAACCAACAGGAGCAGGACAAGAAUACUAUUAACAACAUAAAUGGUGACCUUAAGGACCUCCAAGGCCAGUUUGAAGAAGCGGUGGCCACGCAUGAACGAGAGGUCAAACGUCUCAACGAGCAGCUUAAAGACUUAACCCGCCAGAAAGAAGGGUCUCUCAGAGAGGUGGAGGAGUUGAAGACGCAGCUCCGCAUGGUGGAGGAUGCUAGAGAUGGAACUCGCCGAGACCUCAUCGAGGCUCACAGGAAGGUCCGCGAGAAUGAGGAAGGUCAGGAGGUGCAGCGCAAAGAGAACCUGGAGCUCAAACGUGUUCUCAACGAUGAAGUCCGAGAGAAGGAGGCCAUCCAGAAGUCCAAUGAGGAGCUCAGGAAUAACAUCAAAAAGAUUGAGAGUGAGAGAAUCAGUUUAAAGAGAACAAACGAGGAGAAGGAGCAGAAGAUCAACAUCUUGGAAGAAGCCAAAACCGCGUUUCAGAACGAGACAGGAGAACUUCGCACAAAUCUCAGGGAAGUGGAAAAAUCCCGGCUGGAUGCACGACGAGAAUUGCAGGAACUUCGGCGCCAGGUAAAGAUGUUGGAUAACGAGAAUGCAAAGAAGAGCAAGGAAGUGGCAGAGCUGCAAUCCCGCAUCGAAUUAGAUGAACAGCGGGAUGAGGAGAGCAGGCGGGAAUCUCUUUGCCUGAAGAAAAAAAUGACAGAAGCAGAAGUAGGCCGUGAAACAGCUCGCAAAGAGAUUGCUGUCCUUCAUAAGAAGAUAAUAGACAUGGAAAAUAUGUUUCAUGGACGCGAGAAAGAACUUCUUGAACAGUUGGAGAAUUUCCAUUUGAAUGAGAAGAAGUUCCUAGACAACAACCGAAACCUGGAAAAGAAGCUACAACAAGCGCAGGAGGAAGCAGACGAGCUGACAUUGAAGAUUCGGGCCUUGGAAGGGCACGUCACUGGUCUUGAAGCUGAACUGGCCAAGGUAGAGUCAGCCAAGAGGGAUAUAGAGUACAGAUUGGAUAGCUUGUACUCUACACUGCGGAGAACCUUAGGAAUUGGACGUUCUGGACGUAGCCCAUCUCCGCGGAGACCUCACUCUCCCAUCAAAGGACUUGACAACACAUUUUCCACCACCACCACCAACGGAAGGGGCAAUCCCGUCCCACAAACCCGAUCUCCCAGUCGCAGCCGUUCUGUCUCACCUUACCGUUCCGUGUCACCCUCCCGAGGCGAGGAGUACAUGGCAAACAUCGAUCCUGAAGUGAUUAAAAGUGGCUUGCAAGAUUUCCUGCAGGAACUCCGAGACACACAAAGGCACAGGGAUGAGGCUCAUAUUCAACUGGCGAACCUGGCCAGGCAGCUGACACAGGCGGAAACAGAACGAGACCGGACGAACGCACGUGCUCAGCUGCUCCAGAAAUCCUUGACCGAGGCAGAGGAAGGAAAGCGUGGAUUAGACGGACGGUUGAACAGUGCUCAGACUGCACUCACGCUGCAUGAAGAGACUAUCAAAUGUGGCGAGCGAGAGAGGAAGGCCCUGGUUGAACAAGUGGCCACAUGGGAGCAGAGUCUGCAGUCAUCCGAAGGGGAGAAGCGAGCUUAUCAGGAGAAGGUUAACAAGAUGAAAGCGAAUGAGGCCAAGCUGGAGGUGGAAAAACGCAAGUUGAAAGAUGCACUGGAAGCAUCUGACAACCGUGCCACCAAGCUGGAGCUGCUGCGCCGCUCCCUUGAGGGGGAGCUGCAGCGGGUGCAGCUGUCCCUGAGCGACCGUGAGACCGAGACGCAGGUCCUCCAAGACCGCAUCGAGAUGCUUCAGCGGCAGGUGGCUGACAGCGAGACGAAGGCGGCCUCUCUCCAGCUCAAUGUGGAUCGACUGUCAAUGACACUGGCCAAGACGGAAGAAAGUGAGAGCAGUCUGAAGGACAAGGUGCAGAGCUUAUCGUUGACUCUCUCGGACACGAGUGCUGGCAGUACAUUACUGCAGGACCGGAAUUCCCAGCUUCAGAAGGCCCUAAUCUCCACUGAACAAGACCGAAGAGUACUUCAGGAACGGCUAGACACCAUCCGUCAGGGACUUGCAGACACUAAGAAGAAGAACCACGCCCUGGUAGAACGUGUGCAGUCCAUGCAGAGCUCACAAGGGGAUCUGGAGCUGAGGCGCUUGGACCUUGAUAGUCAGAAUCGUCAACUGCAGGAGAUGUUGCAGAAGCGACAGGAGAGUGAGCAGGAGGUCCUGAAGGUCAUCAAGAAGCUUCAGCAAGAGAAGCACAUCUACCAGGAGCGAGUGGCCAACCUACAGAGGGCUGUGGCGCAGCUAGAGAAUGAGAAGCGAGAGCUGCAACGUUCAAAAGUGUGCCUCGAGAAGGACCAAUCUGCCCUGAGGAGAACACUGGAUAAGAUUGAGCGGGGCAGGUUGAAGUCUGAAGAAGAUGCCUUGCGGCUCUCCGCUGAGAAAGGGCAGUUGGAUCAGUCGCUCAAUGGCGCAGAAAUGGAUCUCGCAGAAACACAAAGGCAGAUUCAGCAACUGCAGGAGCUGACAGCUGAAAUGGAGCGGAGCCACAGUCAGAGACUGAUUGAGCUGACUACCCGCCACCAUCAGGAGCUAGAGAAGGAAACUGGGCGCCUGCGGACUGCUAACCAACAGGCUGAGAGGGUACUGGAGGCCAAGGAACGAGCUCACAGACAGCGUGUCAAAGAACUCGAAGAACAGGUGUUUAUCCUACAGGAGCAGUUGGAUCGGGAGAUGAGGAAAAGACAAGCCUAUAUUUCACAAAUGCUCAGGUCAGGAAAGUAACUGGGCAGCAAAUCGAGCCCACAUAUGUCCUAAGGGGAGCCAAAGGAUAACAUUGAAUACUCCAGGCAAAGUGUUUAAAUGGAUGAAUGAGUAGCUACCAUUUUAUGACAAUCUUCUUGAAAAUAACGGCUCCGUAAACCUUUAUAUUUGAACUACAGAUCUAAAGAGAUAAUCCUCAGCACCCGCACAUCUAGGAGGGUUCCUUAAACUGGAUGCUGGCAUAGGUCAAAAGGUCUUGCUGACACCCUCCAUUUGAUUGGACUGUGGCCUACAGCUACCAAAUGGGUUUUCCGACCCCACAGCUCCAGCAGACAUUCCUGCUCCUUCUCACAUCUAACUUCAAUACUGUGAAUAGACUGAUCUUUUGAAUCGUUCACACUGGGACAUCUAUCUGAAACCUUCUCAGUAACCACUGACCUCAGCCUCUGUCGAGACAGAGACUGUUGACAUUAUUGACGUGGCAUUUUCCAGAUGACAGCUGUAUUCAUUUGCCCUGUUUGCUCACUUAACUAUCCAUAGCUGUACUCCUGAGAUUCAAAGAACAACAUUCCCAUGGAAGUACAUAAAACACAUUCAUGAACAUUGCACAUGCCCUCUGUUUGGUACCUUACACUUUUGGUUUCAUGGUUGAGAGCUAUGAUCCAGAGCAGGAUGGUAUCUGAACUGACACAGGAUUAAUCCAAGAGUUAUGUGUUCCAUUGCAACCAUGGUGAGAAAUAGGCUUUCUGCACCCUCAGCUGAUGGCCUAGAAUCUCAUAGGUCAGAGAGGAAUGGCUACCCAACCCUAAAUAAUGAACGCUAUAUUGAAACCAAUUCAGCAGCCAAAUAUUGCAAAUGUUUCUGCUCCUUUUUUUGUGGGAUAGCCUGGCAAAGAAGGAGAUCCCAAAAGGCUGUAAUGCUAAAAAUGAGCACACAAGAGGAUCUCAAGUUUGAUCCUCGGUGUGUGAUAAUGUUGCUCCUUUAAACUGAGGUGGAAGUGGCAGUGUAAUUAAACUAGGUCAUAGAAGAAGCUUCAUCUGAUUCCUGCAGCCCGUCACUAAUUUCAGGAUAACUGGAUCAGGUUCAGGUGCUGGCAAUUCUCCUUCCUCAAAUCACCCAAAGACAGCCUGUGUUCAUGCUCGAGAGAUGCCAAAGUAUACCAAGCCUUGCCACAGGGUUGUAUUUAACAGCCACUACUAUCAAACUCUGUUUUACAGCAUUUUUAUUUCCUCAUGAAACAUGCAAACUUUUAAAGUCCAAAUUUGGCGUUGUCUAAACAUCAUGUCUGGAUUUAUUUCUUACUAUUUCUUUGCCCUUAAUAAAAUCAUUCCAAGUGCCCAGGUAUCAUCGAUGACUGAUUAUGUCAGAUCUCCAUCAAGGCCCCAUUCAGAUGCUCACUUAGACAGGAGUCAUUCUUUGAUGACUUGAGUCCAGGUUGACCAAAAUAACUACCUAUACUGUCACCUUCCCAAAAGGAUUUAACUUUCUGCUUAACAAAAUGGAAAAGCUGACUAAAAAUAUAUACAUCUAUCAAUUCAACAGAUAGACUAAGAGAUAAUCAUGCACAUCUCAUCACCCACCCCUCCCACAUAUUGCGGACAAUAUUUUAAUAUCAACUCCCCAUUGAGGGAUUUUUCUUUUAAUCAUAAUUUUAAAUUAAUUUCCAUGUCUUUAUCUCUACUAUUUCUACUGGGUGUGGUAUAUCUAAUAUUCUGAGUUGCUUCUUAUCAUGUCAGAAUUUGUGUUUGAUGGCUUGAUUUAGUAUUGUGUUUAACUUCAUUCAAAUAAAAUGUGAGCCCAACCAUAGUUGUAGUCAAACCAAAUUUAAUAAGAGUUCAUGUAAAAUCUUUGUAUAGUUUUGUAAAGUGAUUAUAAUUCAAUUUUUUAAUUAAUAAAAACUGGUUAUAAUGUGAAUUUAAUGGGAUGUGUUGGAGUUAUUCUGUAUAUAAUGUUUGCAACAUAGGGCUGCCCUUCUUAAUUAACAAACUUGCAAUUAACUGUUGGUUGACUUUAGCUAACUGCAUGUUGGUUGGUUAUGAGUUUGAAGUUAACCAAAGCAUUCAUCCAAAGAUAGACACCUUCUCAUACCUCUAGUUUUCCCUUCCCUGACUCUCAGUUUGAUGAAGGGUCUUGACUGAAACAUCACCUAUUCCUUUUCUCCAGAAAUGCUGCCUGACCCACUGGGUUACUCAAGCAUUUUAUGUCAAUCUUCGAUGUAAACCAGGAUCUGCUGUUCCUUCUUACACAAAAUAUUCAUCCAACUCGUAUAAAAUCAUAAGAGGAAUAGAUCAAGCAUAUGCAAAGAGCCUCUCGCCCAAAGUAGGUGAAUCAAGGACCAGAGGACAUAGGUUUAAGGUAAAAGAUUUAAUAGGAACCUAAGGGGUAACUUUUUCACACAGGGUACAUGUAAUAAGCUACCAGGAGGAGGUAGUUGAGGCAGGGAUUAUCGCAACAUUCAAGGAACAGUUAGACAGGUACAUGGAUAGGACAGGUUUAGAGGGAUAUAUGGACCAACAUUGUGCAGGUGGGACCAGUGUAGCUAGGACAUGCUGGCUGGUGUGGGCAAGUUGGGCUGAAGGGCCUGUUUCCACACUGUGUGAUUCUAUGACUAUAACUCUCUUUUGAAAUGUUGCACUGAAUCUUUUUCCACCACCCUUUUCCGCCACUACAUUUUAGAUCAUGAAUAAAUUCUCCUCAACUCUGGGUUUUCCCCCCAGUUAUUGUCAUCCUGAAUUAGUGUUUUCCCUCCGUCCAGUGAAAACAUCUGUGCAGUUGUCUCUGCUUUGACCACUUAAAAAAAAUACUGUUGGCAGCUUCUGUUACAAUUAAACAUCCAAUUUAAGAAGAAUGUGAAAGCUGUGGGGGUUCUUAAAGAAAAUUCUGCAAAUCAUGUGAUCAUUUCUAGUUUAUGGCAUUGAUCAAUUACACAGGAAAAAAAAUAUUAAUGUCUUGUUUUCCAGAUCCUUUAUGGCCAUGCAUAAUGUACAUGACAUGUAGCAGCCUGGCGAGUAUCAGCUGCUAGUUAACCAUGGGGGCAAACCAGAAAUAAGCCCAACCAGUCUUCACCUGACAUUUUUAAACAAGGGGUCACUGCAAAUGGUUUAUUAUAACGUGCCAUUUGUGGGUAUCCAAGCUUGCUAUAGCUGCACUCAGCAUUGCCCAGAAUGUAAACCAUUUUGUGGUACCCUCUAUCAGUAAAUGACAGAGGCAACCUAGUUUUCUCCCUUGUAAAAGAUUUGUAACAACAUUUAACUUGGGUUCGGAGAAUGGAAAGGCUUUCAAACAUUAGGAUAAAGCAAAAUCCCAGAUCUAACCAGCUUCUUGUUUUGCUGCUGUGCUCUAGCACAGCUGUUGUAAGAGUGGUGAAUGUGGAUUUCAAUGGCACACAGCAACCUCUUGCCACAGCUGUCAAUCCCAUGUGCCCAAGGGAAGGCAUGAUUACAACAUUGGCUUAAUUCACUGCGAGAAUUCCGAGAAUGAAAGACUCCUUGUUUUUUGGGAAGCUUGUGUCUGAAGCCAGGAAUUCCUCUUGCCAAGCCCUUGCUUCUCUGAAGUUCUCGCUGUUGAUACAACAACUAGUUGCGGGUUGCAAGCUAGAGGAAUGCAAUCACCAAUCAACUUUCUGCACUGAUUUCAAGUUAACUUGUUAAACCAGAACUGCUCCCCAACCAACCAUGAAUGGUUCAAGCACGUUCGAAGAGUUUAUAUUGUUAAGUGAAUACCUGCCUCCGUUGCUAAGCACUGCAAGCAUGUUUAUGUUAGAGCUUGUCAUAUAUAGAAAAGUACAUUGAUGGUAACCAUAGUUUGUUUAUGUAUAGAAGCAGUAUGAUUUAUGAUAAAGUUGGCUGCUUCGGGGAUGUAUACCAGCAUUUCUGGGUUCCAUAGCAAGUGCAGUUGCAUUGCAAUGGGUAUUUCCAUUCCUCAGUGCUUGAAACUAUGAAGAAAUUAGGUGUUACCAACUGCACCUGGCACUAUUGGCAAAGAUUUGUUAAUCUGGGCAUUAGGUUUGAACUAAUGUUAUUAAAGAUUGGCUCAAUCUAUAUUACACGAUAAGCAAAAUGGACCCAUUGGCAAAGCUUGUGUAGCAUAAAGUAUUGGAUCAAACAUUUGAGACUGUUGGUAACAAAGGAAGGCCACUUUGAUAGUGAAACAGUGCAUGGUUCAAUAAACCAAUCUGUUUGUAGCCAGGCCUGCCUCCAUAAUUCCAAGAAAGUUUCUCAUUUCUAGCGUCCAUUAAAAUUGCCUAAACCAAUGGCUUUCUAUGGUGACUGCUCCACUGGAUACCUACCCUUUUGGGAGAAUUUGUUGCAUCACUCUCUUCAUCUGUAAAUUAUUUUAUCUAGCGUAUUUUGAAAUUGGGGUUUCUCAUCAUCACCUUGAUUGAUCUCAUCAGUCCAUUUCAUGUUCUUCAGAAUUUCAACUAAAUCACAUUUCUGCGCAUAGUAGAAUUUCUCAUUACCUUCCAUCUAAUCAUUGCUCAUCAAUAUUGUGUUUCGAGAGUACAAACCAAAAUAUUAAUUCAAAUAAAUUUGUAAAGAACAUUUAACGAAAACAUCCACCACAGUGACUCCUCAACAUUCCUCACUGUGUAGCGCCAUCAAUUAGUGUUCCUUGAACACUGGGAAGCUUCUCGUAUCUAUAAAAAGAUAUAACACUGAAGCAAGCCAUUCACACUAUUUGAUCCAUACUAGUGAUAAUGCUCCUCGUGUGACUCUACCAGCCCUUUCUAUCAAGCCCAUUUCAUCUCUCUCUUCCUUUCUCUAUCAGUGUGUUCAGAUUCCUCUUGAAUGAAUUCACUUCAAUUGCUUCCACUGAUACUGAGAUAGAAUGGUGCAUGGAACAUGGGAAAUUGGAACCUUGCGUAACUGCUAGGGUUGCUGGAUGUGGUGCUCAGUAUUGUGACCAACAGAUUCCAUGCUAUUAUAGAUUCAAUGGCAAUAUGAGAUUGACCUCUAACUCUGCCCUUGGAAUUUAUAGCAGCUUUGUGAUUUCUGACAUGUGGGUUUGAUAAAAAAUCAAAGUAUUAAUAGGACAAACUGAAGAUCUAGAAUUCAGUAGUGAGCUUCAAUGAUAAACUUUUCAGUUGCGGGUUUAACACAUUCUAGAUAUCUAAGACCAAUGCUACAAACUAGGUUUAUUUCUUACCAUUUGCUGAACCCAGGUCAGCCUGGGCUAAUGAAUGUGCAACUUCUCAUUAAGUUAAAUAUGAGUUGUAACUUUAGCGGAUGAGGUGAUGUAUAUAUUCCCCAAACCUGGGAAUGGGUACAGUAUUGAAAGUCAGUGAUGAAACAUUAUCACUAUUUGAUGGAGAUAGAAUUGCCAUGUCCAAGUUGGUCCAGAAGAGUCUCUGCCUCAGAGAUUAAUUUCCUACAGAAAAUGGUGAGCAUCCAAGGAGAAAAUUCAUUGCGUCAGUCAAAAUUAUAACAUGUGUGAAUCUACAUUCCCUCCAAAAUAGUUGCAUGAUAGAUCAUUAUGCUUGAUCAACUAUUGCUGUUUAUGCUGUUUACUCAUUCCAAGAUUUCAUGACUAGGUCACCUCUAACCAGCCGCAGAACAAGUCCCAACCUUGAGAUUGCCUAUUGACAUUGAACAUUAGCUUCUUCCGCUUAAAGCCAGGCUCUGUUGGUGGGGACUUGGAGGAUAAAAGGGCACAUUUCAAUAUGGAUCUGGUCGAUCAAAUUACCUAUUUCCAUGACAUUCCUAUGACUAAAUGUAUCUGCUGCAAGAUGCACAUACAUGUAUAGGGUCUGCAAUGGGUGAUGGAGAUUAUCAUAGAGAUGACUUGCCAAAAGACUUCAUGACGUAACAAAAAAGAGUGUGGGCUUCACAGAUUUCCGAGGCGAUGAUGGUAGUUGUAAAGGUGCCCUGGCGGUGGGGGGGGGAUACCUCACUGGAUACCUCAGGAAAGUUUGAACAACUUUAUAGGGGUGGCACAGUGGCUUAGCGUUAGCUCCAGAGAUCCACGUUAGAUCCAGACUACAGGCUCGAUCCUGACUACAGGAAUAUGUACGUUCUCCCUGUGACUGCGUGGGACUUCUCUGGCUCCUCCCACACGCCAAAGACAUAUAGGUUUGUAGGAUAAUUGGCUUUGGUAAAAAAAUUGUAAAUUGUAAAUUCCAGAGCAAGAGAGGUUUGGAAGAUCACCAAUAAUUAUCUGUUCACCCAAGUCUUUUAAAAGCUUGGAAUGGAAGGAUUUGACCAGGGAACUGGUUGGGUUCCUGUCCUCUACUACUCACCAGUAGAACAUCCUUUCUAAAAUUAAUUACUUUAAGUUUCUCACUCAUAUUCAUAUCUUGGUUCUCAAAAUUUCCAAGGCAUACUUUCUUGCUGUUUCCAAAAUGUGUAUUUAAUAAGAGGGUGGUGGUGGUGAAGAGGGAGGAGAGGGUGGUGGAUUUGCGGAAUUCUUUGCUACAGAAGGCUGUGGAGGCAAGCCAAUGGAUAUUUUUAAGGCAGAUCUGGUCGAUCCUGACCACAGGUGCUGCCUGUGUGGAGUUUGUACGUUCUCCCCGUGACCUGCGUGGGUUUUCUCCUGGUGCUCCGGUUUCCUCCCACACCCCAAAGACGUGCGGGUUUGUAGGUUAAUUGGUUUUGGUAAAAUAUUAUAAAUUGUCCCUAAUGUGUGUAGGACAGUGUUAGUGUGCGGGGAUCGCUGGUCGGCGCGGACUCGGUACGCCGAGAGGCCUGUUUCCGCGAUGUACCUAAACUAAACUAAAUUGGGUUAGGAGGGAGAGAUACAUCAGCCAUGAUUGAAUGGUGGAGUAGAUUUGAUGGGCUGAAUGGCCUAAUUCUGCUCCAAUCACUUAUGACCUCAUAACAAUUUCCCCUUUUCUGCUUGUUCUUCCUGCUUUUACCUUUAAAUAAUUGUUGUUUACUUCCAGAACUGUCAAUCCUUUUCAAUGUUAUUAUUGAAGUUUUUCAGUGCUCUGUUUAUCGUGCUGCUUUACUGCUGUAAUUGAAUUUCUUCCCCUUUAUUAAAUUCCCUUGGUUACCUUUUGUUUAUUUCUCUAAGUCUCCCAGUUCUGAGGUUUGAUAUUUACUCUUGGUAAUAUUUUAAGCUUUUUUACUUUGAUCUAAAGUUAUUUAUACAAUGUAAAACAAUCAUUCACCUGUGACAGAAGCACUUGGUUUUAUUUUGCAACAUUGCUCUCACUGACUCGAAUUUUCAUGCUGGCACCUGUCUUGUCUCUGGCCAUACUUAUAGUCUCUCUGUUAUUGUCAUCCACACUCAAGCUUCACCAAUAUAUGAACCUAUACUCUCAGCUCAAAUUGUUUCCCUCUCUGUUUUGCCAUUCCUUGAAAGAAUUCUAGUUUACCUUCAGUGAAAAAGUUCUUAAUGCUUGCUAGCUCCUGCCCCUUCUCAGCCUGCUGUUCAUAUCCCUGCUCCUCUCCAUCUACUUCCACUACCUCCUACUCCAUCUGUUCCGCUUAAACCCUUGCUGCAUUUUUAGUUCCGUCUCCAAGUCUUUCCGCUUUGUA